ACUCGCUAGGUUUGCCAAACCAAUUCCCCAAAAAGGGGUCCUUAACAGGACUCAACCAAACAAACAAACCCUAAUCUCUCUCUUUCUCUUCUAUCUCUCUCUCAUUCACAAACAAAAAAAAACCAUGGCUUCUUCUCGAGAAAAAAAUUCAUGUGGCCCUGUUCUUCGUUCACUUUCACCUUCAGGUAGAUUUUGUUCCUAUACAACAUCAAGAACCCCUUUCUCUACACCCUCAUCAGCUUUCGCUUCUUCAACCAACUCUUCCUUUUCAUCAUCCUCUACUUUCUACAUCGAUACCCAUGAUCAUCAUCACCAUCAUAAUUAUCAUCAUAACCGUUCAGCUUCACCUACACGUGUCAAUCUAUACAAUACAAAUUCUCUAUCCUCUGGAGUCCGGUUCUCGAUCGAUUCCCGGUCUAUCUCACCGAACCGGUCAAUUUCAAAUCAUGUUAUUACAACAAAAAAGAACCGUCCAAUUCCGGCUCAGAAAAAGACGUGUAUGUGUUCACCAACGAAUCAUCCCGGUUCGUUUCGAUGCAGUCUUCACAAAAACAACGGAAACAACAACAGCAGUGGCGGUGAUUCGUAUCAUCCUUCAACUCGUCUCAAUAUGCGUAGAUCUGCGAUGAAGAAUUCGCUUGUGAGAAUCGGUGGUGUUGAAGGUGAAUGGGUGAAAAGAGCUUUAACCGCGUUGAUUCGACCUUCUUCGCAUCAACAGAGGAGAAGAUCGGCGUUCGAGCCAAGACCUAGUCGUCUCUCCCUCAUGUCCAAGGCUGAGGAUCUUUGAUUUUAUCUGUUUUUCAAUUUUACAGGUUACGCUUUUGCGGUGGUUGAUUUUCACCCACUGCGUUGAUCUGCCGCCAGAUUGAUGGAUUCCGGCGAGCAGUUUGUUAAAGCGUGUCUUCUCCGGCGAGUUUUGGGAGCAGAUUGAUGAAUCAGACAUCGGAAAGAACUACAAUACAAUCGUCGAAGAAUUUCUGAAUAGAUCUAAUGAGAUUGAUGAAUUUGGAAUCAUCAUUGCAUUUUGUACAUAAACAUUUGCUAUGGAAGCAGAGAAUUUUGGACCGUUUUUUA